UCGGAGGAUGCCGCAAAAGCUCGGCCGAUUUCGCCACAGAACAUCCAGACGGACGAAGCCGAGCUAUCGACAGAAGCUGUACCCGUAGCGCCUACCAACCCCUUCCUGGUGCUCAUCUACAACCUGCUGAUAGCGGACGCCAUCUCGGCAUUCGAGUUCAUGCUGAACUUGGUAUGGGUCUCGGAGGAUGGGGUCUUUGCGCCAUCCACAGCCUGUACGCUGCAGGCCGUGGCGGGGAGCGCCGGCGCCUUCGCCCCGUCAAUGCUGCUGGCGGUGAUUGCCUUGCACACAUAUCUUGUCAUUGUUUGGGGAUACAAGAUCCAGAAGACGGCACUGAGAUGUUGUCUUUGUAUCGCCUGGGGCCUCAUCAUCGUGAUACCCUUGCUUGGGCUGGCAAUAUCACGCAACGGGGAGGAUCACGGGGGCUGGUACGUUCGAGGAGAUACCUGGUGCUCCGCGAACAGCCUGUACGAGAGGCUCCGGUUCUGGGUUGAAUUCAUGCCCGUCAUCAUCUGCUUGAUAACAACCAUUGUGCUGUAUUGCUGGAUCGGUCUAUCCAUGUUUCGCAACAAAUGCUCAGGACGCCACCUGCCGACGCCGAGCGUCACGUCGGACAGCCGCCGUGAGCUUUCUGGCCACCACCCGGCCUUUUUUGUAUACCCCUUGAUCUACCUCUUCACGAUGGGGCCACUGGGAAUCUGCCGACUGCUGAUCAUGGCUGGGAGAGAACUCGAUCCCGUCUAUUACUUCGUCGGCGCAUCGAUAAUUGCGGCACAGGGCUUUCUGAACUGCCUGCUGUGGACGACGACGAUAUUGUUCCUAUCCAGGGAAGAGAUUGAGAAGAUCGGCCUCGACCACUUCAUGAGGCCCCCCGACGACCGCGUCUUUGGCAACAUCGUGUACAUCCAGGGCGGCAGCAGGGCGGACGAGCCGCGCGAUCUCUCGCAGUCAAAGAGGUCACACCGAGGUUUCGUGAGGAUGGCGUCUGUGCUGGGAGACGACGGGCGCGACGAGACAGGGCGGGGACGGAUGCAGCGGAGUAGCAGCCAGAUGUCCUUGCGACACAACUCCGCUCAACCACAAGGCGGAAUCCAGAUGGAGACGAUCACCACGAUCAUUGUGGAGGAUGGUAAACCGGCUAGCAGGUCCCGGGAAUAAGGUGUAGAAAAGAGGACAGAAUCAGGCCCCGAAAAAAAAUAAUUCUACCAAUGUCAAGCAAGAUAUUUGAGUGCUCAUCGUGAUUGAGCCGCUCGUACUGGUGAUUUGUGAGGCGACGAAUUGAGCGUAGAAGAUUGAAGGGAAAUAGAUUGCAUCGAGGGACAGUUGGAGGACACAGGCU